AUGAUACAAGGGAGAAGUGAUCAGAUUUGGACGGAGAGACAUGGGACUUCGGGGGCAGAACGACUGAGUACUUUGAAGAUUAGAGAUUUCAUAUAUAAUUAUAACGAAGUUUUGGAAACGAGUAUCAAGCGAUCAAUCGCCGACUUCACCAAAGACUUAUACGACAAAUUUACUUAUGAACAAUCCGAGACCGCCACAGCUACCGAGACCAAGGGCAAGAGAAAGACCUUCACAUAUGAAUUGAUGGACUCAAUGCAAGAUUUCAAGAAACACGUUCCUGACGGACUGCUCGAGCAAUUGCAAGUUGUUAAGCCCCCUUUGGAUCAUACGAAAUAUAAGCAACAGCUCAAGGAAGAAUGGGGGGACAAGACUUGCGAUUCGGAAGAUUUUAGAUAUUUGCAGAUCACGUAG